AUGAAGUUCUUUAAUGUCGUUUGCGCUUUAGGCGCCAUCCAAAAGGCCUGUGCAUUCUCCUUCCCAGAAGCAGUCAAAGACACUCUAGAGUCUCAAUUGAACGUAACCGCUCAAUUGUUUCAAUUAGUGUUCCCAGAUUUUGACAUUUCGGGGAAGUUGCCUGUUUUGAAGGACACGUUUUCCGAAGUCGUGGAAAUCGUGACCUCAAGGGGAGGUUCAAAAUUUGACAUUGCCGAAGCCAUCGACAAGUUCAAUAGAACAAGUACCCAUUGGCUAACGGGCCUCCCCACCGACGACGAAGGCGCUGCUCAGUUGCGUUCAAAUAUGGCUGAGGCAGCGUCGAUAUGGGGAGAAGUCCAAGAGGACUUUGAAUCCUCCUCCCCACUGAGAAAGGUAGUAAGAAAAUAUAUUGCUCAUCAAUCACAAAAGGUCGAUGAGCUGGCAGUGGACUCGGAAAGCUACGGAGAUGACCUAGUGGCCCUGACAAAACACGUAGGUAAGUCAUUGAAGUCUUACCGCGUAACAAAAAGGGCAUUUAGGCUGCGGAAGCGUUCCGAAAAUACUGGGGAUGUUGAAAGUGAACUCGCUGUUGAGACAAUGGACGCGGCGGACGACCUGAAAUACCUGACGGAAAACAUUUUCGCGAUAAUUACGGGUCUCGCCUUUGUUCUGGUUUGUUGGUCACUAACCUUCCAUAUAUGUGUUGCUGUGUUGGGAACCUUGGUUACCAUCGAAGUAAUAAGAUGGAUCCUAGAGCUCGUCAAAUACCUCAACGAGCGUUAA